AGGCGAGUCGACGACACGCGUCACCGACCAGUGUACGCCAUGAUGUUCAACGACAACCACGAUAUAACACUCAUUCGCCUUGUCAAACAAAACCCUGUGCUAUACGACACAAGCCAUGAGAAAUACAUGGAAUUUAACUCACGAGAAGUCGCCUGGCAAAAGAUAGGCGACGCCUUAAAAAAACCCGCUGCCGACUGCAAAUUACGAUGGGUCAACAUAAGAGAUGUACACAGAAGAAUACUACGAAAAAAAUUAAUGGACCCGACGAACCCAUCGAAGUCAUACAAAUAUGAGAGCGAACUUACUUUCAUGAAACCUUUCUACAAAGACAUUAAUUUUGUCCAAACAGGACUGAAUGAUGAAGAGGAAGAUGAAAGAGGACCCAACUCCUGGGUCGACCCACCCGAAGAAGAACAUCAACGCAGCGAUGAAGAUUCAGACGUACCAAAGAAGAAAAUUAAAACUAGAAAGAAAAGGUCCAAGAGGAAACAGGAACCGCAUUUCGAAGAGGUUACUCACACGGUCCCUAUGUUUAAUGAAAGUAUGACCACAGAGUUAGACGCGUCAGAUUCUGUGGACGCGUUCUUACUGAGUAUCGGAUCCACAUUGAAGACUUUUUCUCCAUAUCAUUUGAAUUUAGCAAAGAGCAAGAUUUUCGCAGUAGUUCAAGAUCAUGAUUUACAGCAGAUUGUAGAACGUCAGAAACCUUCGACUGAAGGGUCUGAAAUUAAAAUUGCAACUACACAAAGUUACUAUUCAGGAUAGAACUUAAUAUCCUGAAAUCAACCUUAUGUUGUAAAAUACAAAAGUUAUUUUCGUAUUCAGAUUCCUACUAAAGUAAAUACAUUCUGAAAUGUUGAUUAUUUUUUGUUCUCUCAAAGAGUACGUUUAUUUUACUUAGUAUUGUGAAUUUAAAUUAUGAGUUGUGUUAUAAUUUAUUUAGGUAUUUAUGAUAUUAUAAGUGUAAUAAUAAGUUUUUUCCUGUUACGUGGAACAAGUGACUUAAUAACAUUUAGAUAAUAAUUCGUGAUUUUGUUGCAAAUAAAGCAUUUAAUAAU